AUGGCCUUGACUGAGUAUCCCCUGAAGCGCGAAGAAGACGGCAACACUGACGAGUCGUCCGCAACGUCAAAAAGCGGCAGUGGAAUGACUGACAAGUUGUCUCGAUGGCGAGGACUCAAGGAAUAUCUCACCAGCAAGGAGGGAUGGGUUGGCAAUUAUGACUAUCUUUACCUCGUUACACCAAAUAUCUGGCCCAUGAACAAGAUUUACAAGGAUCAUGAGCCUCCAUUCUAUGGCCUGAACGAUGAGGUUCCCAUCUUGCUUACCAUUAUACUCGGCUUACAACACGCUUUGACAAUGAUCGGCUCUGUCGUAUCCCCAAUCCUUGCCCUCGCUGGUGGUGCGUUCUACCUAGACACUGCAACAACAGAAUACCUCGUUUCCGCUUCCUUCAUCACGACUGGCAUUGCCACCGCCCUCCAGGUGACGCGCAUACACAUCGCCAAAACGCCGCUCUUUAUCGGGACCGGUCUACUAUCUGUCGUGGGCCCGACAUUCGACAUUAUCGCCAUCGCCAUCGCCUACACAGCCAAGCUGUACAGCAGCGGCUCCUGUCCGACAAGUUCUGAUGGGACGCAACUCCCCUGCCCCGAUGCCUAUGGCGCCCUUCUCGGCUCGCUGCUGUGUACCGUCUGGAUCCAGAUCGCGAUGUCACUCGUCCCGCCAAAGCUUCUGAAUAAGGUCUUCCCCAAGCUCGUCACAGGCACGCUCCUUCUCUUGGUCGGUGUCUACCUCAUCGGAAACGGCAUGCAGAAUUGGGGCGGGAGCAGCAGCUGCCAUGACGGGACAGGGUUUUACGCCCUCUGCCCCAACGCCAGCGCGCCUCGCCCCUUGCCGUGGGGAGACCCAAAACUCAUCGGCCUCGGGUUCAGCGUCUUCGCGACGAUCGUGCUGGUUGAAUUUUUCGGAUCGCCCCUGAUGAAAUCCUCAAGUGUCAUAUGCGGGCUGGCGGUAGGAUGUGCCAUUUCAGGCGCGACGGGGUACUGGAGUCCAAGCCAGAUCGAGCAAGCGCCAGUAAUCACGUUCCUCUGGGUGAGGACGUUCAAGCUCUCGGUCGACGGGGCUCUGAUUCUGCCUCUGCUCAUUAUGUUCAUCUGCCAAGGCGUGAGCACAAUGCCCGAUAUCCUCGCCACAGCUGAGAUCUCGGACGUUGAGAUCGAGGGUACUCGGUUCAACAGCCGCAUACAAGGAGGUAUUCUCUGUGAUGGUCUGGGAAGUCUGUUCAGCGCGCUGGGUACAGCUGGCCCGAUGGUUGGUCAGGCUGGUAACAACGGGGUGAUCGUCCUGACGGGCUGUGCGAGUCGAAGAGCAGGGUGGUGCGCCUCUGGUUUCCUCAUCCUAAUGGGAAUAUUUGGCAAGUUCGGGGCCAUUUUUGCGUCGAUGCCGCCGUCCGUCUUGGGUGGGAUGCAAGUCUUUCUAUACAGCACCAUCGCCGUGGCUGGCGUGCGGGUGUUGGCCUUGAUAUCUUGGACUAGGCGAAAUCGCUUCAUAUUGUCGACAUCCCUAGCCAUCGGCUUUAUGGACAUUGUGCAGCCGACCUGGUUCAACCAAGUGCUUGAUUACAGUGGCUCGAAUGUGCGCUUAUCUGGGUUCUUACAGGGUGUGAACUUGAUCGUGGAGACACCUUUCAUCAUCGCAGCCGUGAUUGGGGUGUUCUUGAACCUCUUGCUCCCAGAUUCUGAGGUGAGAAGCGAACGAGUGCGAAGUCUGGCGGGCAGUUUGAGAAGUGACUAG